CUUCAUGGAAGAUUAUGAGGUAAUUGUGCCUUUUCAGUCUCUUCAAGCUCUAGGAUGCCAUGUUGAUGCAGUUUGCCCCAAGAAGAAAGCUGGUGAAAUCUGUGCUUGCAGGUGACCGAACAUACAGUGAGAAGCCAGGCCAUAAUUUCACUUUAACAGCUGACUUUGAAGCUCUAUAUGUCUCAAGUUAUGAUGCUCUUGUAAUCCCUGGAGGAGGUCGAGCCCCAGAAUAUUUGGCAUUGGAUGAGAAAGUUAUUGCAUUAGUGAAGCAAAUUGUGGAAGCCAGGAAACCAAUUGCAUCCAUCUGCCACGGGCAGCAGAUUUUAGCUGCUGCUGGUGUUCUACAGCUUGCCAGUUGGUGCAUGAACAUUUGUGCUGUAAUAUAAAAGUCAGAAGGUGCGUACUGUAAUGCAGAAUUCUCUGAAGGAAUAUAUGCAGUAAAAAUCUAUGCUAGAUGGAACGGUUUAAGA